AUGCGACCCCCCUCGAGUGCGCCUCCCGAGGCGAUGCCCCCCUUCUUUGCGCGCCUUGGCGGAGCAAACAGGCUGCAGAUAUGUGUGGUGUUGUAUAUACACGGUUUCCCCUUUGGCACGCAGCCAAGCCAUUCGUUUGAGCUGGACUUGCUCGCCCACCUCUCGACGUGGGCGCCGGUCGCGCACGUCGAGCUUCUCCUCUGCCCACAGUCAGGAUGGGUGACAGGCGCGCUGGCAAGCUUUGUGCACGAGACGUACGCCCAGGCGGUGCUGGAUAGCAUGCCCUAUGCGCGUUUCUACGGCAUCUACCUGUGCAUGGAGCUGGUGCACACGCCCGCGACGCUGCGCUUCCGCCUCGCCGAGUGGGGUACCGGGGUGCAGCUCCGUGCGCUCUGGGACAUGUCUGCGCGCCCCGCUGGCCUCGCAGAGCUCGUCAGCCAGCACUCGGUGAAGCACCCCCGCGCGUCGCGCCGCGCCAACUUUUCGCUGUCGCUCGUCGGACAGCUCGCCGCGUGCUACGGCCCGGUGCACCUGCUGGCCGAGGUGUACUAUGGCCCGGAGUACGUCGUGGACGUGGACUUUAUGCAUGUCGAGCACGCACACGCCGCGCUCGCCGCGCUCGCCCCCUUUCAGGCGCAGAGCAACCUUGCGGUGUCGUGGAGUCCGCCGCAGUGUCUCGCCCAUGCGAUGCGCCCGUCCUACGUCAAGCUGUACCCCAUCCAGCCGAAAAACGCCCGCAGCUCGGGUGCCAAUAGUGCGUAG